AUGCAGCAACAACAACCUCAUCCAAACCAUACGCCAACAGGUUUCCGGCCUAUAGUCCCAGCACCACCUCCAAUGCUGAUGAUAUCACCUUCCCAAUCUCCCCUCACGAAAGCAACACCACAGCAACAAACGCAUUUCCCUCCGUUCGAAACUCCGCCAGUAUCUCCAUUCUCAAAUCCACGGCACUCGGAACAGAACUCUCAACCCUUCAAACUCCCUCCACCACUACAGACUCUUCCAUCCAUAUCAAUACAGCAGCCAUAUCAACCACAUCCACAAUUACAACAAUCGUCUUCAACGCGCUAUGAGCCAAUACUGCCUAAACAAGGUCCAAGCACAUCAGUGUUCUCAAUCCCGCUAGCACCGCAAACAACGGGUCUAAACACAUCACCAAACAGUCGUCCUGUCAUGUCUCACCACACAUCUGUAAUUCAUCCUCUCGUCCCUCAUCAUCAUAGAUAUUCGAAUGUAACAGAUAAAUCUUUAACCACUGCUGACCAGCGCGAAUUACAGAGGAAGGUAUCUCACUCUGCCAUAGAACGGAGGCGACGAGAGAGGAUUAAUGACAAGAUAAUGCAAUUGAAAGAUUUGAUUCCUUGUUGUGCAGAUCAAGAUCAUUUACACAAGUUGAACAUAUUACAGAAUGCUAUAGAUUAUAUUCAAUAUCUACAAGAACUUGUCGUCGACUACAAAGACAAAGAAAAGAAAAUUCCAAGGAGAAGCGUCGGAAGUGGGAAUAAGUGGAAUGAAAAUGCAAAAGAGAGAAAAGAAGAAUUUAUAAGAAAAAGCUCCAAGGCCUCUUCCCCUGCUACCAAUAUUUCUACAAAUUCCUCGCCUUUAGUCACAGCAUCACAGUCAAACCCAGACUCCCCUAACCACGAGGCUCUGUCUGCCUCCUUCACACAUUCGUGUAAUAUGCUCGAUAUUCGUGUCCCUCAUCCGCCACCAUUUAGCCUAGAUGGACCGUCACACAACAGUACACCAAUUGAGGGAUGCAGUAAUAUGUCACGGGAAUGCGAGUGUAUAAAUCAUGAAGAGGCUCAUGUAUUGUUAUCGUUGAGUAGUUCAAAGAAGUCAGAGGCUGAUAAAAAUAAAAAAAGGGACUUAAUGGACAUCGAUGAGAGAGAGUCUGGUGCUAGUGGAGGUGAGGAAGUUAAUAAUGGAAGAGAAGAGGGUAGAGAAGAGAAAAUCAGCAAUGAAAAGCAGCAGCAGCAGCAGCAGCGGGGAGAGGAAAAAGUGUUUGAAGAUGACAGCAACGAUGACGAAAGAGAAGGAGAUGAGGAAGAAGAAAUGGGCGAAUCGCCAAGGCAGAGAAUGAAUAUUCAACAAUUAUUAGUACAGGACACUCAUAAUGAUUAA